CGCCAUGUAACGGCCGCCCCGGGGACGGGAAAGCCCCGCCAUGGCGGCAGCCGCGCUGCGGGGCGGACGGACCGCGCAUGCGCCCGGGCCCCGCGCUGCGUCUCCGCUGCCGCUGAAGCGAACGGGGAGCGGAACGGAGCGGAACGGAGCGGCGGGUUCUGCCGGGCUCAUGGGGUCGCCGCCCGCCCGCGCCUCGGGCCUCCUGUUGGCGCUGCUGCUGCGGAUCGGCGGAGCGUGGGCUCAGGAGGGGUGUUUGCCUCCGGAUAGGCUGCAAUAUGCCGAGCCCGACGAGAAUUCCAGCAAAAUGCAGAGCUUUCCCAUUGGAACGCAGGUGUCGUACGUCUGUCGGCCGGGGUAUAUGAAAAUCCCCGGGAAAUCAGCAACUCGAACAUGUGAGGAAGGCUUUCAGUGGUCACCCAUAGAGCAGUUCUGUACAGAAAGAAAAUGUAACCAUCCGGGAGAAUUAGCACAUGGUUUUAUUAAUGUGACAGAUCUUACAUUUGGUUCAAAAGCUACUUUUUCUUGUCAAAAAGGGUUCAGAUUACGUGGAAAUGCUGAAAUUUCCUGUGUAAUUAAGAAUAAAGGUGUUGACUGGACUAGUGAUCCUCCUUUCUGUGAAAGAAUUCCUUGCGAACCGCCUCCCAGAAUAGCCAACGGGCACUACACCGAAGCACAGAGCUACGCGUACCAAAGCACAGUCACCUACACGUGCGAUGAGGUCCCGAAAGGCGCAGAUCCCUUCUCUCUCAUAGGCCCACCUACUAUUUACUGCACGUUUGAUACGGACCUGAAUGGAGUUUGGAGUGAACCACCUCCAGAAUGUAGAGUGGUCAAAUGUGAUAACCCGAAAGUUGAAAAUGGGAGAAAACAGGCUGGAUUUGGAUCUUCCUAUAGCUAUGGGGACUCAGUCGUGUUUGAGUGCGAUCCGGGCUAUUUCAUGAUUGGACCAGAAGUGAUUACCUGUCAAGAAGAUAACACCUGGUCUCAAAAACCAACUUGUGAAGAAAGUGUGUGUGGUGCCCCAGUGAUCACACAUGGAGUGGUGAUUCCACUGAAAUCUGGAUAUGGAGCAGGAGAGUCCGUUCAGAUCCGGUGCAACACUGACUGUACGUUUCGUGACGGCACCAAAGAGAUGGCAGUGACUUGCCAAGGAGAGAAUACGUGGAGUUCUUUGCAAGCCUGUGAAUGUGGCCCUAAAAGUUCUGGUUUCACUCCAGUAAUAAAUCAUGGUAGAGUAAUUGAUGGACAAAAACCUUCAUAUUCUGAGGGGGAUUUUGUUACGAUUGAGUGUUAUGCAGGCUACACAUUACAUGGUGAAGCUCGUAUUCAGUAUACUGGAGAAAACCGAUGGGUUCCUGGAGUGCCAACUUGCCAGUUAAGUGCGUAUAUCACAGCCAUCAUCUGUGUGAUUGUGGCCGUUGUGGUGUUCCUGGCAGCCUUCUGGGUCUAUAAGAGACACUGCUCACAAAAUGGCUCGUAUACAGUUGAUGAGAGUUGCAAGGAAGCGUGUAUUUUAAAAACUAAUGUACCAGCUGAGAUGGAAGAAACUGCACAAAUGAAUUAAUCUUAAAAAGGAAACGUGACAGCACUCCAUUUACUGCCGAAUAUAGGAGCUGUAAAGCAUGAAUGAACUUUUUGGGGGUGGGAGGGAGUUUGCAGUUGAAUAUACCCAUCAGAAAUGGAAAACAAUUGCACUUGCAUUGAGCUUCUAUCAAUGAAUAUCUUGUACCAUGUCUUAUACUACUGAUUAACUGUAGUAGGAGGUCAUUAAUAGGAUCAAAAGAGUGUGUGUAUAUAUCUAAAUACCUGCUUUUUGUUAUGGGCCGCUCAUACGGUCUUUUCUGUGGAUGUGAAAUGGUCUUCAAGGCCCAUUAUUGUGGUGUGAACGAGCGUCUGUGUUGGGAACGCUGGGGAAUCCUGUCCCUGUUGUACCAGCUGCUGCUUUCCGUGCUACCUCUUUUCUUACGGAAAACUGCCCAAUAUUAGUUCUGCUCGCUAAAAUCUCAACAUGCUUCUCGUUCCUUUGUUGCGGUUGAGGCGAUAUAAAUGAUUAUGUUGCCUCUUGCCUUCUGAAAUGCUUUAUUCUGAAUUUCCUCAAGAGAUCGGUGCCAUUUAAGGCUCUGUCUUUUUGAAACAGUUCAGAUCUUAUACCCUCUACCUCUUUGUGUGCCAAAGUUGAUUUCUGUAUGUCUAAUUAAUUAAAAUGUGCCUUUAAAUCAGGGGUGUAUAGCUUUUCCAUUUCCUUUAAGAAGGCAAAAAGAAGCCAUAUAUAUUUCUGGCUCUUUGAUAUAGUCUCGGAAAGAUUGUUGGGAUGGGAAAUGGAAGGUUUCUGUAGCAAAAAUGUCUCCUACCAGGGUACCUAAUGAAAGGAGGGAUCAGUGGGAACCAUCUCCCAUCAGGAGCACAGUCUGUACUUCUUCAGCCUUGAGUUUUGGAGCUAAUUUUGUUGCUUUUCAGGAUAGAAAGGGCACUGUAUGGAUCCAGCUUCCUUGCUUUUUUUUUCACUCGAAAUCAUCUAUUCCACCUAAAGCAUUUUGAAUCUCCGUAUAUAGACUACGAUGCUGAAUGUGGCUCUGUGAUGCCGUCACAGAUGCAGAAACGGAAGCCUUUCCCUGUUAGAUUCCCUUCUCUUUUUAUGUCGAAGGAAAACCAAACCAGAUUCAUUGUGGGGCUGCUGGAAGUGCUGGUAGAUGUGGUUGGUCUCUCUCAGGUGGCUCUUUGUUCCAUUAAAUGUUUUAAUCAAACUCCCAUCACGGCAUUUGCCAUGAAUUGAGACUCAGGCUUGCAUGAUAGCUGUUCCUUUAAACCCAUGCUUACUAUUCCCUAUUAAAACCAAGCGUUUAAUUAGGACAGGCUUUGGGAAUCUCUGAGUUUGCCACCAACAUCCAGGCACCUUCUAAGAACCAGUUUUCCCCGAUAAAAACCCCAAAUUGCCUCAUUUCAGCAGCAUUUAAACUGUUCUCGCUUGGCUGUGGUAGGUGAGCGCUGCUAUCGGGAACGGGUUGUUUGAAUAACAUCGCAAUAUUUGGGGCUUUAUGGUGUUUUUGGGGACGAUCCUGGCGGUUGUAUUGUUAUAGGCUCGGGUUGUUAAAAGGGAGUUUUGGCUACAUGGAAUGUUCAUUGCUCAGCUGUGAUACCUGAUUUGAUAAUUGUAAAACCUAUGAUAAAAUACUGGAAAUGGUGCGUUGUGGUCAUUAUUUAGCUUAUUUAUGGCGUCUAUCAAUGUUUCAAAAUAUACUAAAAUGCACUUAAAGUGAAAUGACUGUAAAAAAUGGCCUUAUUUUUACACGUUUUUUUUCCAGGUGUAAAGACUGGUAAUGACUUGUACCGUUACAAAUAAAAUGUUAAAUUAUUUAGCAGUAA